GCGUCUUCCCCUACGGCACUUCGAAAAUACGCAAACGCCAGAAAAAGGAACAGAAAUACAAUAACUGUACUCUCGACUCCCCGUAAUUGAUACCCCUCAUCCCUUUCAUGACUUCUCUUGCUGAAUCGUAUUUCUGGAGCACGGACGAGGGUCAGCUGCUGUACAACCAACGACUACAAGUGGUUGAGUUAAAUACGCGAAACCUAAACACUCAGAAGCAACUCCUCGCACGCAGACAGAAGCUCGACGAACUCCGCCAACGCGUCCAAAGUGUCCAGGAGAAUCUUGUUUCGGAACACGGACGGUUUGUUCUCGAGCAACACGAGCUGCAGAACGAAUUGCAGCACUUUUCACCCGAUGCUGUUGCCGAGCGUCGUCGUGCCAACGAACUCUCUCAUCGGCAAACUCUACGCCAGUGCCGACAGAAUCUCCUCCAGAAGCAGGUCCCACUGUCCAGCUUUCUUUCGCUGUGUACUGGAGGAGCAGCAGCAGCAGCAGACGACACCACACGCUCCCCGGAGAAUGUCCGUGCCGACUAACAACAGGCCAUCGCUACUCACCAUGGCUCCACCACGGACGGAUGCACUGAACAAAGCUCUACCGUAGUCCAGCCAGCCAGCGACCGGCACCACCGCUGCCACCACUUCUCCUGCCCGACCGGUUGCGUAGCCAACGAUGCUGCUCAUCGCUGACCCUCACUGCACCACCCAACAGCCUCCGGCAUUCCACCGUCUCGCCCAGUCCCCGUAGCCGAGCUUUGUGAUGCGCUCGUUGGCCUCGUUAAACCUCGCCACACCUCGCUACACCUCCGCUGAUCUCGCAACACUGUGCUAUCUGCCCAGCGUGUCGGGUCGACCGGGCACUGGCCGACCAUGGAUGACGUGGGGACUCCGACCGCUCUAGAGUAGAAUCGACGGCCAAUCACUCGCUUGUCGCGACUCUAAAAUUCAUGUUUA